AUGGAGAAGUACACUCAGGCCGGCUUCAGCCGGCCUCCAAUCAAGGAUGCUCAUUCUAUUUUGAGUGCGGAUAAAGCAAAUCACUCACGACUGCGACGAAUUCUAUCUCCGGCACUGUCAAAGAAAUCCAUCAAGGGAUAUGACGAUACCAUCUUGAAAUAUGUGGAUCUACUGGUGAAAGAGCUUGGAUCUAGAUGCGAUCCCGUUGAUCUAAACAAGUAUUUUGAAUGGACUACGAUGGACCUCAUUACGGACCUGAUCUGUGGACAUCCGCAGGGCGCACUUGAUCAAAAAAAUGGUGGUAAAUGGCUAGAGAUUCUGACACAAGCAAACAAUCUGGUACGAUGGGAAGAGUAUCUGAUACCCAAAGCGCGCUUGACUGCAGCAUACGAAAAGUCCAAGAUCAUCGCUGCAAAGAUUGAAAAGCAACUCUCUAUCAAGACAUCGAAUCCAGAUGCUUACAAGAGACUCGCCGCGGAGAUCCGUGAGUCAUUUCCAUCCGAUAAAGACAUCACAUCUGAGAGUAUUACUGCCCUACCAUACUUAUCAGCGGUUAUGCAAGAGUCACUUCGCAUCCAUUCGCCCUCGCCCUCACCAACUGGUCGCUUUGUGUCAGUUGGUGGGGAGACGAUUGAUGGGGAAUUUGUGCCAGAAGGCACGACAGUCGGUGUUCAUCAGCAUUCGGCAUAUCACGCAGUGUGGAACUUCCAUAGACCAGGUGACUUUUGUCCAGAAAGAUGGCUACCCGAAUCAAGAGGGAGUAGCUCGCCUUUUUCAGGUGAUAACUUGGGAGUACUGGACUCAUUUAGCUAUGGUCCUCGAACUUGUCUUGGUGUUAAGCUAACCACCGCUGAGACGCGCUUGAUUCUCGCCAAGGUGCUGUGGCAUUUUGAUGUCGAGCUUAUGCUGGAGUCGCAAGAUUGGCAAGAUUCUCAGAAAGCCACGGUAUCCUGGCAUCGCACUCCUUUGAUGUGUCGGAUCAAGAGAAGGUAA